AUGUCGCUUAUUGGUUGCCUCUCACUUGGCUGCCGCCGUGUGCUCCUGCAGAAGAAACAGACCGCUGCUGGCUACAUGGCGAGUGCUGGAAAGGUUGGCAGCGAUGAGAAGUGGGCGCAGGCCGCGAUGGAGUACCUGCACGAGAAGAAUCACUGCAACGAUGCCCGCAAGCGGCAGCACGACGUGGACCACGAGCGCCGCCUCGCCCACGCCUUUGACCGCCUCUGCGCCCUGCAGGAAAAACAAUUCGCCGCCCGUCUCUCCCGCCUUGCCGGCCGCAUGUCCGCCGCCCUCGAGGCCCUCGACGGGGAGGCCCGCGAGGAGGCGCUCCUGCUGGCCGCCGAGCAGCCGCCCGGGGGGGUGCGCCGCCCGUCCCUCACGCCCCCCCGCGCCGGCUACGAGCCCGGCUUUGGCCUCGACGUCCCGCAGCUCCGCGCCCAGCAGGCGGAGUACCCGCCGUGCCGACGGCCCACGGACGCGAUGGAGGCGGGCGAGGAGGCCGAUCCGGACUUCCCCUUCGUGGAGGCCCACCGCGUGGAGGACCUCACCGCCCAGUGCACAGAGAUGUUGGAGCAGCGGCAUGGGGAGGUGCGGGAGGCGGCACCCCUCACAGGUGUAGAGGGAGAGGCAUGGGAGGCAUACGUCGCAUUGCAGAAGAAAGCACUCGCACGACAACAGCUUAUCUUUGAUCUCUGUAAUGAUCCAGAGCUGCGUGAGAAGUAUGACCAGGAUGAAGAAUUUAGGAAACAGCAGUGGUCCGAACGCGGUAUGCUGCCACUGGAAAUUGAAGAAGAGCAGCUACGCGAGGAGGAACGACACUACGCGCAGGAACCGGCGUAUCACCCAUUUAGAAAAAUGUGA